UAUGUUUUGUAGCAAACUUAACUCAAAAGCAUCAGACUAUUUAAAUAUACUUGAUGUAUCAUCAUGCUCAAAUAAAUCCCGUGGAUCAUUUAAAGAAAAUCAACCUGAUAAUAGAAGUAAGAAUUUUAAUUAUCAAAAUAGAUUUUACUCCUAAGAACCCUAAUAAUAGGCCAUAAACAGCUAGACUUGACUAUUCCAAUCCAUAAAAAGUUAAAUAAUUUUUAAACAAUUUGGUUUAGGAUGAAAUUAACAAAGCUACAACAUAGUUGUUUGGAUAAAAUGUACUUAAAAAAAAAGAAAAUUAGAUAAGUGAUAGUAAAGGGGAUGGUUAAUGUAUAUAAUAUUCAAUAUAUUUAGUUUCAAGUCGUACAGGUAAUUUGGUAAAAUAAAAUACUCCUAAAAAUAAUGAAACAUUUCUAAAGUCAACAUUUAUAGCUCCAGAAUAAAAUAGAGAAUUAGAUCAUAGAUAUUUCUAAAAUCUGUAUUAUUAAUACAAUAAGAAAAAUGAUUAAUCUUCUUCAAAUUCAAAAGGAAAUUUAAAAAGUUGUUAAAAUACAAUUAGUCAAUUAAAUAAAUAGAAUAACUAAAAACAUUCCACACCAAUACGUUAAAAUACAAUAAAUAAUGAAAAUAUUAAUACAAUUAAUAUGCUCUUAAAUAGCAAUUAGAAAAAUACAUCUUAACAUUUGAAUACAAAAAAUCAAAAUAGCAGUUCUAAAAAAUCUUAUCCACAAAUGAUUAAUAAAUCAUAUUUAGAAUCUUUUAAUAGUUUAAAAUAAAAAUUAGAUAACACAAAUUAAUCUAAAUAAUCUUCAAGUAAGAAAAAUAUUGAAAAAGUUAUUAAUAUUUCUCCUCUCAAUUCUCCAAAAUUAAAAGGAGAUAUUUCAAAUAAUUAGUUUAAUGAUUAAACAUUUUAAUAAACUAUAAUUAAAUUACUCUUUGAAAAAGAACAAUUAUGGUAUGAUAUUUUCCAUUCAAUAGAAAAUUCAACUUAUUCAAAUUUAAUUUAAAAAAGUGAUUAAUUAUAAAAAUUAAUCAUAUUGAUUAAUGAAAAAUAAAAUGUAUUAUAUUUGUGUUAUUUUAUAGAGUGAAUAUUUAUUUAAAAUAGAACCAAAAAUACUUGAAACCUUAUUAUAUGAAUCAUAGGCCAAUUUUAUAUUAAUUAGUGAAUCUUAAGAUUAAGAUGGUAAUGAAGACCAUAAUGUCAAAAAUCUUAUCCAAUAUAUUUUGAAUAGCAAUCUUUAUGUCUUCUAAGUAUUGUAGGGAACCAUGACUAAUAAUUAGAUUUAAAAUUCUAUAAAACAAAGAAUUGAAAUUAGAAGUUAGAAUUCUAGAAAAUAAAGUACAAAAGGAAGCUAGGGAUUAUAAAAAAAUAACUUUAUUAUCAAGUCCAUUUUAGGAUUAAUGUAAUUUAUUUAAUCAAUAUGAUAGUUUAAAAGGAUUGACGAAAUAGUUCGUCCCGAAAUUUAAUUGAA